GAAAUUGAUAGCGACGCCCCGCCCCCCGCCACCAGAAGCAGAGAGCAGAGAAACAGAGAGACCAGAGAGAGAAGCAAAAAUGGGGAAGAUAAGCUACAAGAAGCUAACCGGAAGCCAAAACCUAAGACAGCGACUCGUACUGGCGGCGCUUGCGUCCACACCGGUUCUUAUCGAGGACAUUCGCGCAGAGGAGACAUGGCCCGGCCUCCGCCCCCACGAGGUCUCCUUCCUCCGCCUCCUCGAGAAGGUCUCCGAUGACUGCGUCGUCGAAAUCAACGAGACUGGUACGAAAUUGAAGUUCAAGCCGGGGAUAGUGAUGGGUGGGAGGAAUUUGUUGCACGACUGCGGGCUCAGUCGGGCGAUUGGGUAUUUCUUGGAGCCAUUGAUUGUGCUUGGUCUCUUUGCCAAAAAGCCGCUUACCAUUACGCUUAAAGGAAUUACAAAUGAUCCCAAGGACCCAUCUGUUGAUACAUUCCGGUCCACUACCUUACCCAUGUUAAAACACUUUGGAGUUCCCUCAGAAGGGCUAGACCUUAAAAUACAGAGUCGUGGAUCUGCUCCUCAAGGUGGCGGUGAAGUGUUUUUGUCAAUCCCAAUUGUUCAAAGUCUAACUGCAGUAAACUGGACUGAUGAGGGGAUGGUUAAGAGGAUUAGAGGGGUUACGUUCUCAACAAGAGUGUCCACACAGUUUGAAAAUACCAUGGUGUAUGCUGCUCGUGGAAUCUUUAAUCUCUUACUCCCAGAUGUUCACAUAUUUACUGACCAUAGAAGUGGCGCACAAGCUGGACUUUCACCUGGUUAUGGAAUUUCACUGGUUGCGGAAACAACUUCUGGUUGCUGUAUCUCUGCUGAUACAGCAAUUUCUUAUUCUCGAGGGGAAGAAACAGUUGAACUUGAAGAUGAGGAGAAGAAAGAUCUUAUGCCUCCAGAGGAUGUUGGUGUGAAAAUGGCUAAUGUUCUGCUUGGGGAGAUUGAGCAGGGUGGAGUGGUAGAUUCAACACAUCAGGGCUUGUUGUUUCUUCUCUGUGCACUAUGUCCACAAGAUGUUUCAAAGGUUCGUGUUGGAAAGCUCUCUCCUUAUGGGAUAGAAACACUCAGAAACAUCAAAGACUUUCUCGGUGUUAAAUUUGUCAUUAAGCCCGACCCAUCCACAGGGACUGUUAUACUUAAAUGCGUUGGCUCUGGGUUAAGGAACCUGUCGAGAAGGAUCUCAUGAUUGUCACAAUACGAGGUGUACGUAUUUCUAAGGUAUUGGUGAGUGUUUCUUGGAUGGAAAUAGCAGUCGGGACUCCGGGAGGCAUUUCAGGCAUCCACACUGUGGAGGAGGAAAAUAAUCUAAUGGAUUUGCAGGAAGAAGUUUUGGAAAUUUUUGACCAUGUACUCAGAUUUGAUGUUGUAAACACCAGUUUUUAUUUUCUUUUCGAUCACCAAUAUCUAUGCUCGCAGUACAUUGUGAUACAAAUGGGAACGUUUUCUUUUGAUGUGCUGAUAUAAAGGCCUUUUAGCCAAAAUAGUCUUUGAGA